CUUUUAUGGAAAGGAGGAUAGUAUUUAAAAUAUAUCCCGUGCCGAUUUUUCUACAGACUGCCGCUUCCCUUGAAGCAGUGACUGGAGUUCGUUGAUGCGAAAAUGAGGUCUGCAAUUUCUCGCAUGGCGACAUUUCCUGCUAGCUGCCGCAACCUCUUUCUUUUUCGCUCGGCCUCAGCUCACAUGCCUGUCAGAUUUGCUCGAGCGGUGAGUACUGAAGCAUCGAGUGUUGCUGCUUGCCUGGAUAAAUCUGGAUUGUUGAAAAGUCAAGCCCUUAUAGGAGGGAGAUGGGUUGAUGCUAAUGAUGGAAAGACUAUAAAGGUUUACAAUCCUGCAACAGGGGAGGUAAUAACCGAGGUCCCAUUCAUGGGGUGUAAAGAGACUAAUGAUGCCAUCACUUCAGCAUCCAAUGCAUUUUGUUCGUGGAGACAAUUCACUGCUGCUGAAAGGAGCAAAUGCUUACGGAAAUGGUUUGAUUUGUUAAUGAUUCACAAGGAAGAGCUUGGGCAACUUAUGACCCUAGAGCAAGGAAAACCUUUAAAAGAGGCCAUCGGGGAGGUCGCUUAUGGAGCCAGUUUCAUUGAGUUCUUCGCAGAAGAGGCUAAACGUGUAUAUGGUGAUAUUAUUCCAGCAACAUUACCAGAUCGUCGCUUAUUUGUUUUGAAGCAGCCGGUAGGUGUUGUUGGUGCAGUUACACCCUGGAAUUUCCCGUUGGCUAUGAUCACUCGAAAGGUUGGUCCGGCUAUUGCCUGUGGUUGUACAGUGGUCAUAAAGCCAUCUGAGCUUACACCCUUGACUGCCUUAGCAGCAGCUGAACUGUCUUUGCAAGCUGGAAUACCACCGGGUGUGAUAAAUGUUGUAAUGGGAAAUGCUGCGGAUAUUGGGGAUGCUUUGCUUGCAAGCCCACAGGUGAGGAAGAUUACAUUUACAGGCUCAACAGCUGUUGGAAAGAAAUUGAUGGCUGGUUCUGCUGCCACAGUUAAAAAGGUGUCACUUGAGCUCGGUGGUAAUGCACCAUGCAUAAUCUUUGAUGAUGCUGACCUUGAUGUAGCCUUGAGAGGAACUCUGGCAACAAAAUUCCGCAAUAGUGGACAAACGUGUGUCUGUGCAAACAGAGUGCUUGUUCAGGAAGGGAUUUAUGACAAAUUUGUGGAAGCGUUUUCAAAUGCUGUACAAGACUUGAAAGUUGGUGAUGGUUUUGGUGAAGGCGUUAUGCAGGGCCCUCUAAUUAAUGAAGCAGCAGUACAAAAGGUCGAAAAGUUUGUGCAGGAAGCCAUUUCUAAGGGGGCUAAAAUCAUAGUUGGGGGCAAGAGACAUAGUCUUGGCAUGACAUUCUAUCAGCCUACUGUGAUUACUGAUGUCAAGAGUGAGAUGCUUCUCUCAAGGGAUGAAAUAUUUGGGCCAGUUGCACCUCUUUUGAAAUUCAAAACCGAGGCCGAGGCUAUCCAUAUGGCAAAUGACACCAAUGCAGGCCUAGCUGCAUAUAUAUUUACGACAAACAUUAGGCGAUCUUGGCGAGUCACAGAAGCUCUUGAAUAUGGAAUUGUUGGAGUGAAUGAAGGACUAGUUUCAACUGAGGUUGCUCCAUUUGGUGGCAUGAAACAGUCAGGUCUGGGCCGAGAAGGUUCGAAGUAUGGGAUGGAUGAAUACCUUGAAAUGAAAUAUGUAUGCCUGGGAAGUAUAUGAACAUGGUGAUUUAGCAUAAAUGCCUGGGAAAUAUGUAUGCCUGGGAAGUAUAUGAACAUGUAUCCAUCACUUCAGUGAAAACUUAAGGCUGUUCAUAUUGAAUAAAUAUUCCAACAGUAGUUUCUGAAAUCAUUUGUUAUAAAGAUUUUUUUUGCUUUGCGUUAGGAAACUACGCUGUUACCAAAUUUUGGAAUUUAUUUUGGUGUUUUUUUUACCAUUUAAUGUUUAUGCAUUUACAGAUGUGAAUACCAUUUUUAAAUUUUAGUGCAGUAAUGUGAAUGUUGCAACGUAA